GCCAUGACAACUGCUGAAUCACUCUCCACCCAGUCUGCAGCCUUCCUCUAAUGCCAUCUUCCUAUGCAGCAUGGUCGUCCACCAUACAGGCCCGAAUUAGUGUGCAGAUUAUCACCUCAACUUGCUGAUACAUUUAUUUUUCCUGAGGAGUUGAGCAGCAAUCAGCCUGAUGGGUAACGUACCCACUACAGUGAAGCACUGCCUGAGCUACAGGCAAAUCAUCGAGGAAUACCCUUGGUUUAGAAGCUGGCUGCAGGAAGAGAAGAGCAUUACCAAACAUGACUAUCCAGAGUUUGUGAAAAUUGUUGAAGUUGGGCCAAGAGAUGGACUUCAAAAUGAAAAGGAAAUUGUUCCAACAAGGGUGAAAAUCCAGCUGAUAGACAUGCUCUCAACAACAGGUCUGUCUGUGAUUGAGGCCACCAGCUUUGUCUCUUCAAAGUGGGUACCGCAGAUGGCAGACCACGCAGAUGUGGUCAAAGGAAUCCAGAGAGUGCCUCAUGUUCGAUAUCCUGUUUUGACUCCUAACAUCCAAGGUUUUCAGGAUGCCGUUGCAGCGGGUGCCACGGAAGUGGCCGUGUUCGGGUCGGCUUCUGAAACCUUCAGUAGAAGAAAUAUCAACUGUUCUAUUUCUGAAAGCAUGCUGCGGUUUGAGGAGGUCAUUAGUGCUGCCAAGGAUCGACAAAUCCCUGUUCGUGGGUAUGUUUCUUGUGCCCUUGGGUGUCCCCAUGAGGGACGCAUCGAACCCUCGCAAGUUGCUGAGGUAGCAAAAAAGUUGUAUGAAAUGGGCUGUUAUGAGAUUUCCUUGGGAGACACUAUUGGUGUUGGUACGCCUGGCUCCAUGUUCAAGUUGCUGCAGAAGGUGAUGAAUGACGUCCCCAUCAGUGCUCUUGCCGUUCACUGCCAUGACACUUAUGGUCAAGCACUUCCUAACAUCCUUACUGCUCUUCAGAUGUACACAUGUCCUGACAAUAUGAGACAGAGAAUCUGUGAAAAGAUCAAACUGUAUCUCCUCCCUGCGGUCCUGCUACAUAUCUGCAGAAAUGCACAUCUCUGUCAGUUUGUGCUGCGCUGAUAACGGAGUAAAAAUAACUUACCUUUACAGGAAAACUGUUUAUUCUCCAUUAUCUGUGUCAAUGCUAAUGGCAUUUGGAGAAAGAGAGGCAGCCUAGCACAGAGCAAGGGGCAGGGUGUGAUCAGCACAUACAGGGGUGUGAUUGAAUGCGCUAUGGUUAUGUUUUAAGCCAACAUUACAAUGUUUAAGCAUGCAAAUACCAAAUGUAUACAUUUUCAGUUUUUCCCAAACUGUUUAUUUCACAUUAAGGCUAGAAAGUUGCACUGAGAUGGUAUUAUUUUCAUUUUGAAUUAUUUCUCUCUCUUUUACAGUUUUUUUUAUAGUCUCUACAUUGAGGUAGGAAAAUAAUAAAAUUAAUAUAUUUUCCACAUUUUUCAGUUGCAUAAUUCUUUGAACCUUUUGAAUGAUCCAGAGUUUUACUUAAGACAUUCUGUAUUUAGAUUGAGGACAUUGUUUGUUCUGGGUACAGUAAACCUACCAAUGCAUGAAAUGGCUUGCAUGGACACAGAACUUCCAUACAUUUCCUUAAUUUUAAUACAUAAAGAAGUCGUGAAGUAAAGCGAUAUCCUGUGGGCUUCUUUGGAACGUUACCUUUUUCGUCUUCCAGUGCUCUUUGGUUUGUGUUCUUCUUGCUAUGUUUUUUUUUUUUUCUUUCAAUUUUUGGAACAAGGAGGUGUGUAUUUCACUGUAGGACAUGUGUCAGUUUAGUUUUAGCUCCUUUGUUUAUGUAUCUCAGCUUCAUAUCCGGUUUUAAAUACACACUGCUUUUCCUUUGACGCAGUUUUCAUACUAAAUUGUGAUUAUGUCCCUCCGAAAACCUCAUCCACACGCAGUUCAGAAUGCCAACAUGCUUACCCCAAAUCAUUGUAGUUUGAAAAGGCACAUUGUCUUUAUCCAGGAAUGCAUUGUUUUACACACAGCCACAGCUUGGUGAAUAUUAUUUUUUUAUGCUAAGCACACAUCUGGUUUCUGGGCACUGCAAACCUAACUGAGCGUUGGAAAGCUUAAGGACUGACCACCAGUUCCUGCAUGAUUAGCAGUACAGGAGAUGCUGUUCAGGGGCUACAUUCAUGCUGAAGGCUUGUGACCUUAUAGUGGUGGCAGCUUAGAGCAGGACGAUUGACAUGGAAGAUUACAACUCUGUUUAUUUUACAAAAAAAAAAAAAAAAAAAAAAAGAUCUGCCUUGAAAAGUAUCCUCCUCUGGCUUUUACCAAGGUCUGGAAACCUGGUGCACGGGUAACAUACACCUCCUUCUCUCCCUUUGCCAACACAAACAGCAAUUACUGCUGGCUCAGACAAACCCUGAAAGAAGCAGGUUCUUGUCUGCAAGAAAAGCACCCAAUUAGCUUCAUUGUUCCAAAAUAGCUGUAAAGGUCCUUUUUAAUUUAAGUUGCCUGGUCGUGCUCCACGGGGUGGAAGCCCCAUGUGACCUGGAUGCCACUGAGAGGACCACUGUGUUAAUUUAGUCUCACUGUAGGAUCCUCCGACAUCUGGCUCUGACACAGAAGCUGGAAAACAACUUUAAUAUUCUCAUGAUAGUCCCACGAACAUGUGGAAAACAUCCACAGACCGACUGAAACCAGAAGUUUUGGCUUUGGUGUCUUUUGGUGUGAAAAUAACAGUAAACUUAUGGUGACUUGGAACAUUUGCAUGAAAAACAAAAUACUUGUGUCUGUUGUUCAUGUGCUCAGAAUAUUUUUAUUUUUCCAAUAAUAAAGAACUUGAGACAUGAUAGGCAACAUUUUUAGGCAGAACAGUUAUAACUGUACUAUUCAUUUUUGUCUGUACAUUUACAUUUAAAUAGUGGAAGAACAUAUAUUACAUCCUGAUGCUGCUGUUACACCUGAACUACCCCAAUGUGAGAUGAUAAAAGAUAUUUCUAUUCUAUUAUAUACACUUGUCAUGACCACAUCCUCAGCAUGUUUUAUUUGGAUUUUAACUCACAUAUUUAUAUUUCUGUCCUGGGCUUUUAGCAUGAAAACCCCAAAUAAAUCAUAAUACAACCGAAUCCCUUACAAGCAUGGAGUUUAAUUCUCCUUAGAGCCUUUUCAGAGAGCAUUAUUAACAAACAACAUCAUCAAGAGUAAGAAACUUAUUAGACAAGUGCAGGAAAAUAAAUUGAAUUGAACAAACUAGAUUUUAUUUGAACUGGACAGUGAAUUUUAAUGAUCAAAAAAUAUUCCCGCAAAUACACCAGAUUUAGCAAAAUGCAAAUCUCCAACCAGUCCUAAAAAAACAAACAACACAACACACACAAAUAACACAUUAAUGCAAAAUGUUAUUUUUGAAAAUACAAGAGCGCACAAAGAACAACUACAAAAAAACCUAUAACGACAAUUAAACUUGGUUUUAAGAUACCUAUUUCAAAGCGCUAUGUUUAUGAAAACAUCUGUCAUAACAUCCUAAAUAAAAUAGGAAGUUCUCAAAAGAUGCAAAGGGUAAUUGAACCAUUUUUAACCAGGGCUAGACUUUUAUCUCGCAAAGAUCAAUCUGAAAAAUAUGCCACAGUUUUAAACCUACAAGGAGAACAUAAAGCAGGGAAGGUUCGUGGUAGCUCUGGAGAAGCUCAAGUGGAAGAAUCUGAGUAUUAGUUAUUAGCACGAGCAGUACAGAUCUAGCCUAUGUGAUUUGACGGCUUAGCAGCAGCCAUUUGUAGUUUACCCUAAGCUCACAUAGGAAACAAGUUGAAGAAGGUGAUAUGGUCAGAUGAAACCAAAAUGAUCUUUGCUUUACUGAAAUGUAAGUGUGCAUAUGUAGAUGCUAUUUAUCACCCUGCUCACAAUUUAUCCACGGUGAAACACGGUGGUAGCAGCGUCAUGCUGCAGGCAUGCUUUUUCUUUAGUAGAAGCAGUAAAGCUGCUCAGAGUUAAGGGGAGGAUGGACAUGGCUAAAUAAAGAAAAAUCCUAGAAGAAUAUAUUUUCGAGGCAGCAAAUACUUGAGGUUUGAUUAGUUAUCUAACUUCAGAGAAUUACAGCUUCAAACAUGAAGAAACGUCAGACUCUACUCAAGCCAAGCAUUUUGCUAUAUGUUAUAAUACAAUUUUCAAUUAUGCAUUACUUAAUGUUAGUCUGUCACAUUAAAUUUUAAUACAAUACAUUUAAUUACUUCAGUGAAUUUUAGGGUUGCAUUUAAUUCAACAUAUUCAAACAGUGUCAGACGUAUAAAUAUAGAUUUUUUAAUUUCUAUACCUAAACAAGUUCUUUUUAAACUGCAACAAUGAUUGGUUUGUUUUCAGUUUUGGAGACAUGUCACAUUGACAAGUCUGGAUGAUGAAAAAAAAAAUGGCAAGAAAGAUAAUCCCUGUGGUCGAGAGCAGAAUAGUCCUGUAAAAACAUGAGUAACCAGGAGGAUCAGUAACACAUAAAAUGUCCUGUUCAGUAUUUAUAAUAUUCCUCUCUCAGGAACAAGACCAUAAUUAUAUAGUGCUGGCAGGGAACGCUGGCAGAGAGGAUGACUAGGCCGUACUGUGGGGUUUUUCUUUGCCCACUCAUCUUCAGGAGCAGAGCCCACAGUCCCCCGGAAAAGCCGUAAAACAUGACCGCAGGUCUGGCGAGGUGCAGGGGCACCAGACAGAACAAUCAAACAGAACAAGAUUGUUCCUGGAUUUAAUAUGAUGUGAAGGUUGCUCAGAGGUGCUGAAUGUCCCUGUUGUUUGUCCUCACAGAUGGGCGUCUCUGUGGUGGACUCUGCAGUGGCAGGCCUCGGUGGUUGCCCCUACGCUCAGGGUUCAUCUGGCAACGUUUCAACAGAGGAU